AAAAAAAAAACCCAAUAUAUUUGCACCCAAAUUCUCUUCUCUUCUCUCCUUUCAAUGGAGUUGAAGAGGCCACAAACUCAGACCCAAAUAGCGAUCUUAUCCUUCACCUGCUUCUCUCUCUUCAACCUGGCCGUCGGAUUAGAUGACCAAGUGCUGGCCUUACUACCACCCCCAACAACAAAGGCCUCAGGCGGUGAGAGGUAUGUUCAGAUGCGGGCGGGUGCAGCGUUCAAGAUAGUGGUGUUUGCAGACCUGCAUUUUGGGGAGAACGCGUGGACAGACUGGGGUCCAGUCCAGGACGUGAACUCAGUAAAGGUCAUGAACACUGUGCUGGACAAUGAAACUACUACAGAUUUUGUUGUAUACCUUGGAGAUGUCAUUACAGCCAACAAUAUCCCAAUAGCAAAUGCCAGCUUGUAUUGGGAUCUGGCAAUCUCUCCAACAAAAUCCAGAAAUAUUCCUUGGGCCAGUGUGUUUGGAAACCAUGAUGAUGCACCAUUUGAAUGGCCGAUGGAGUGGUUUUCAGCCCCUGGAAUUCCUCCACUUAUUUGCCCAGCAGUCAACUCGACAUAUUCAGGAGAAGAAGCAUGCAGCUUCAGAGGCACACAGCGUAUCGAGUUGAUGAAACAUGACAUUGAGCAUGAUGUGCUAUCUUAUUCUAGCAAUGGUCCUAAAGAGCUUUGGCCAAGUAUAUCCAACUAUGUUCUCCAAGUCUCAUCAUCAGAUGAUCCAAAGUCACCUGUGGUAUACCUGUACUUUUUAGAUUCUGGCGGCGGGUCCUAUCCAGAAGUUAUCUCAAAUGCCCAAGCAGAAUGGUUCCAGAAAAAAUCUGAAGAGAUCAACCCUAACUCAAGCGUGCCUGAGCUAAUAUUCUGGCAUAUUCCAAGUCAAGCAUAUAAGAAAAUUGCUCCAAGGUUUGGAAUACACCAGCCUUGUGUAGGCUUAAUUAACAAAGAAAGUGUUGCUUCUCAAGAAGCUGAAUUGGGUAUCAUGGAUCUUCUAGUUAAAAGGCCUUCUGUCAAGGCAGUAUUUGUUGGGCAUAACCAUGGAUUGGACUGGUGCUGCCCCUAUAAGAAACUCUGGCUCUGCUAUGCUAGGCAUACUGGUUAUGGUGGCUAUGGAAACUGGCUUAGAGGAGCUAGAAUUAUAGAAAUCACUCAGCAGCCUUUCUCUAUUAAAUCUUGGAUAAGGAUGGAGGACGGUGUAGUACACAGCAGAGUUACCUUGAGUCCUUGAGUACCAUCAAGGAAUAUAUAAUUAAUCACAUUUGUGAAAAGAAAAAAGGACCAAUAAUAUCUGUGCGAGUAUAUGCAUUGCAUAUUCUUCUCUCUCGUCCCCCCAAGAUCAAACAUGUGACAUGAUGUACAUAUGUGUGUGUAUAUUUUAUAAUCAGUUUGUAUAUGUUUUAUAUACAUGAGGCCACCAUUUUUUUUCCCUU